CUUUCAACGAAAAUGAAACGCUUGAGACAAAGAAAACAAGAAGUAUCAGUGUUCCGUCGUGUUAAACCGCUGUUUAGCGCAAAUGCGUUCCGAGGAUGAUCAGUUUCUAUCUCAGUGAAACUGAAAUUUGACAACGUUUUUGUAGUAAAUAGCUUGAAAAGAAAAAGAAUCUUCGCUGCGAAGAUUGCUUUCAGCAAAUUAUAAUCCUGAGGUAAGGAAGUAGAAAGAAUGUCAUUGAUUGGCAAGGAUCCCUGUGACAACACAUCGGCUCCAACAUAUCUCUCGUUCUCUACUGCGUCUACAUCGAUUUUUAUCACCGUUGUUGCUUCCGUUGGAAACUCGUUGGUUGUCCUUGCUGUGUUAUUGAACCCAAACAAAGAUCUGCGUUCGCCGUUUAUCUACUUUUUGGUGAAUCUUAGUGUAGCAGACCUCGUCGUUGGUCUCGUACUUGGCCCUCUGAGUACAAUGUAUCACAUCUUUGAAGGGGUCGGUACGCUUAGCCAAGGUUUUGAAGACGUGGUGCUCAUUAUUUAUUUUAUUUCAUGUACAGCGUCCCUUCUCAGCCUUAUAGCCUUGGUACUAGAUCGUUAUUGCGCUAUUACGUAUCCUCUGCAGUACAGAGCCAAACUUAGCCCCAUCAGAACUUUAUUGAUAUCCGUGGUGGUAUGGAUUAUCUCAGCUCUGCUUCCGAUGGUCUACUUCAUUAUUGGCUACAACAAAUUCCGCUUUGUAUUUGCCAACACUGCUAUAGCUAUCACCUUCGCUGUCUUGAUAUUCACCACUACCAAGAUUUUCAAGUAUCUGCGUUGCCAAGUACGACAAUGGGACAGUCUGCAUGACAGCUCAGAGGAGAAUUUGGCUUUGAAACGAGCGGUGAAGUGGGAGGCUAAAAUAACGAAAACGUUGGUUAUCAUGCUAACUCUAUUUUUAGCCUUUUAUCUGCCUUCGUGUAUUUGUAUCUAUAUCAUAAACUUUUGUACUAGUUGUGAUUGUGUGUUUAUUCAUUGGGUCAGAGAUAUCCAGUUUGUUCUUGUGAUGGCCAAUUCAGGGGUAAAUCCUUUCGUGUAUGCGUGGAGAUUAGAAAAUUUCCGCAAAGCUUUCAAGAACAUUCUGAACUGCCAUGCUUGUUUAAGGCGACUGAGGUCAGUUUCGCGUUUGAAUCUACAAUUAUCGUCUGUAAACACAGACGUCUCCUCUUACAAUUCCGCUGGACAAAAUGGCAAUCUAGAGGAAAUAAAGCAGGCUUAGGAAAGAAUAUGAUUAACUUAUAACAAGAGGCUAUGUUAGACGAUAAAUUCUGGAGUAAAUUGAACUCCCGGCCUUACAAUUAUAUUGUAAAAUGUACAAUGUUGUGAUUUACAACUGGCCCUUACGUUUUUGCCAAAGCUGUGAUGUAUACGAGUGGUAAUUACAACCAAAACUAAGAACUAUUUCGUUUCUUGAAUUUUUCAGUAUUUUUCACGGGUCAGCUCUU